AUGUCGAACGCUGCAACAGCAGGAACCGUCUCGACGGAGAACAAAGAGCCCGAAUUCCACGAGAGCACGCCCACGAACAUCACAGCUCAACUGGGAUCCCAGGUUUUCCUGCCCUGCAAAGUGAUCAACCUGGGGGACAGAUCGCUGGUGACUCCCGAAGUCCGCCUGACACGCAAAGUGUCGCGCGAGGUGCUCCGCUCUUCCCGAGCCGGACAAGAGGAAAUAGCGUCCCGCAAGUCGACCACGUCCCGCCCCGUCGUUCGGAACUACCCUCAUCCGUCCGGAAGCGUCAACGUUGUUUCCUGGCUUCGCAGCCGUGAUCAGCACAUCCUGGCUGUAGGAGAUUUCAAAUACGUCGCGGAUGACCGAUUCCGCGCUUUCUACUCCACGGUAACGGAAACGUGGAUGUUGCAAAUAAAGUACGUGAAGAAGAUGGACGCCGGGAGCUACGAGUGUCAGUUGCCUACGACUCCGAAAAAGAGCCACCGGUUGGAUGUCAACGUUAUCGUUCCCCAUGUUCAGAUUGUUGGCGGGCCGGAGAUCUACGUGAAAAGCGACAACAGGCUCAAUUUGCGCUGUCGGAUCACGAAGUGUAUUGAGCCCAUGGAACUAGUGGAGUGGUACAAAGAUACUCGACGGAUCAGCGUCACUUCCAACCGAUUGAGGAUCGUGUAUGACAAGCAGUUGUCGGAGGACGGAUCCGCCACCAGCACCCUGGAAAUAUCCAAAGCUGUCAAGUCCGAUUCCGGCGUCUACUCUUGCAAGCCGUCACACCUGGAGUCGUCCAACGUCACAGUCACUGUCGUCAAUGUACCCGCAUUUCCGCCUCGCGGCACGAAAUGCUCGCCAUAUCAAGACCUCGACGAAGGCCGUGUCAAGGGUCGGGUUAACUCCGCGUCGGGACGAGGAAUUGUUGCAAAUCCGGAUCGUCAGGGUUUCAUUUUCCGCUACCGUUCCUCCGGGAAAGAAUCAACGCUUUCCGAAAUCGUCUUCCAAGGCACGUUGCAGCGGGUGCCGCGGAAAAACGUGCUGGUGACGAUAUUACGAGACCCGGUGUGCCGCGAAGACGGAGAUUUUCAGCGAUGA